AUGCCCCCUGCUGCCACACCCCCUGCUAUCACACCCCCUGCUAUCACACCCUCUGCUAUCACGCCCCCUGCUAUCACGCCCCCUGCUAUCACGCCCCCUGCUAUCACACCCCCUGCUAUCACACCCUCUGCUAUCACGCCCCCUGCUAUCACACCCCCUGCUGUCACACCCCCUGCUAUCACGCCCCCUGCUGCUACACCCCCUGCUAUCACGCCCCCUGCUAUAACACCUCUGCUAUCACGCCCCCUGCUAUCACACCCCCUGCUGCCACACCCCCUGCUAUCAUGCCCCCGUGCUGCCACACCCCCUGCUAUCACACCCCCUGCUAUCACGCUCCCUGCUAUCAUGCCCCCUGCUGCCACGCCCCCUGCUAUCAUGCCCCCUGCUGCCACACCCCCCUGCUAUCACACCCCCUGCUAUCACACCCUCUGCUAUCACGCCCCCUGCUAUCACGCCCCCUGCUAUCACACCCCCUGCUAUCACGCCCCCUGCUAUCACGCCCCCUGCUAUCACACCCUCUGCUAUCACACCCCCUGCUAUCACACCCCCUUGCUGCCACACGCCCUGCUGCCACGCCCCCUGCUGCCUCGCCCCCUGAUGCCACGCCCCCUGCUGCCACUCCCCUACUACCACACCCCCUGCUGCCACACCCCCUGCUGCCACGCCCCCUGCUGCCUCGCCCCCUGA